AGUUCUUAUAACGUGAAGUUACAAAUCAAGAACUUCUCUUUUGAAGUUAUCGCAAAGUCAUCACACUCGCCAAGUCGAGAAAUGGCCAUCGGUUGUAUUCUGUGGUUGAGCGUCGUUUACCUCUCAUGCACUGUGCGGUUUGCCCAGGCAAUACAAUGCAAAGGCGCGGCAAAUUACACUCUUACUUUCCAAGGAGAAUGGUCUAGAGCGUCAGAUCCAACAAAUUUUCCUUCGAAUGCACAUUUCUCAUCUCUUGUUGGCUGUAGUCAUAAUGUUUCCUAUGUGAUGUGGAGAACAGGGGAAAAGGCCACCGCGGGAGUGAAAAAUUUCACAGAAACUGGUGGAUAUUUGAGAUUGUACAAUGAAAUAGACGAUCAGAUAGCAUUGAAGAACGCCCAUAAGCGAUACACUGAUGGUUCACGCAUUCCUGGUACAGCUAACCUGUCCAUCACUAACAUCGAAGUCAACCCAGAAUAUCCUUUCCUGUCGUUCAUUUCCAAGAUUUCGCCUUCACCUGACUGGUUCGUUGGGGUCUACGACUAUAAUUUAUGCAACACAACCACAGGACUAUGGAAAGAGUCAGAAACACGUGUUCCUCCUGCGUUCGAUGCAGGAACUGACAGUGGGCACACUUUUGAAAGUCUCGAUAAACCAACCAUACCGCAACAAAAUAUCAGCAUACAUAUGAAUUACACAGGUAAAAGAUUCGCGAUUAUUUCUAUUUCAAAAAUUACGACCACCGGGAAAUCAACGAUUACUCCAACAUUGCGUUCACGUGUUACCUCAACAUCAAGUGAUACCCCAACAUCACGUGUUGCCCCAACAUCACGCGUUACCUCAACAUCAAGUGUUACCCCAACAUCACGUGUUGCCCCAACAUCACGUGUUGCCCCAACAUCACGUGUUACCUCAAGAUCACGUGUUGCCCCAACAUCACGCGUUACCUCAACAUCAAGUCUUGCCCAAACACCACGUGUUGCCCCAACAUCACGUGUUGCCUCAACAUCACGUGUUGCCCCAAUAUCAAGUGUUGCCCCAACAUCAAGUGUUAUCCCAACAUCACGUAUUGCCCCAACAUUACGUGUUGGCCUAACAUCACGUGUUGCCCAAACAUCACGUGUUACCUCAACAUCAAAUGUUGCCCAAACACCACGUGUUGCCCCAAUAUCACGUGUUACCCAAACAUCACGUGCUACCCCAACAAUAAGCGUUACCCCAACAUCACGUGUUGCCCUAACAUCACGUGUUGCCUCAACAUCACGUGUUGCUCCAACAUCAAGUGUUGCCCCAACAUCAAGUGUUAUCCCAACAUCACGUGUUGCCCCAACAUCACGUGUUGGCCUGACAUCACGCGUUGCCCAAACAUCCCGUGUUACCUCAACAUCAAAUGUUGCCCAAACACCACGUAUGGCCCCAACAUCACGUGUUACCCAAACAUCACGUGCUACCCCAACAUUAAGUGUUGCCCCAACAUCAAGUGUUGCCCCAACAUCACGUGUUGCCACAACAGCACGUGUUGCCCCAAUAUCACGUAUUGCCCCAACAUCACGCGUUAAUUCAACAUCAAGUGUUGCCCCAACAUCACGUGUUACCUCAAUAUCACGUGUUGCCCCAACAUCACGCGUUACCUCAACAUCAAGUGUUGCCCAAAUACCACGUGUUGCCCCAACAUCAAGUGUUGCCUCAACAUCAAGUGUUAUCCCAACAUCACGUGUUACCUCAACAUCAAGUGUUGCCCAAACACCACGUGUUGCCCCAACAUCAAGUGUUGCCCCAACAUCACGUGUUGCCCCAACAUCACGUGUCACCUCAACAUCAAGUGUUGCCCCAACAUCACGUGUUACCUCAACAUCAAGUGCUGCCCAAACAUCACGUGUUACUUCAACAUCAAGUGUUGCCCCAACAUCACAUGUCACCUCAACAUCAAGUAUUGCGAUGACCACCACACCAACUUCCUCAGGGACAAGCGCGAAAUUUUCAGUUAAAAAGUUUGGUUUUAUUCAUGUCGUUUUUGCCCUGAUACUUAACCUGUUUUGCAACCUUCUUAUAUAGAACUAUAGUUUUACCGAAAACUUCGUUCCUAGGCCAUUUUAUGACUGACAGAUUGGCAUUCGCAUCGAAAGACUUUCUUUUAUUAAUAACCAAAUUUAAAAAAUGAUCUGUAUGUCUAAGAAUGAUCCUCUCUGCAUGCGCUAAGUUUUGCCCUACAAUUAUAUACACGUAAAAAACACACAAGCUGUAACUUGAUGUUUUUUCCACAACGCAAAUUUUUCACAAAUAUAUUCACCAAUCAAACUUCUUUAAAGUCGCCCCAAUAGACUUGUCUCAAAAAUAACGUCAAGUUUAGGAAGUCCAAUGGCAAU